GGGUUGUCCCGUCGCGAGAACGUGGGUCACGUGCCGCUAGAGUGGGGCGAGGCUUCGCCAAAAGGCCUGGAUACAAGCGGGUCAUGUGGAACCAUAUUACUUUGAUUCUGGUCUCCCGAUAUCCACGAUGCUUCUUGUCUGUAUCUUGCUUUCCAUUGUUCCAGCCUUCCAAGAAGAAGUGUCAGGAAUUUGGCAUGGGCAGACAGCAAAUACUGAAUCUACUGACCUGUGAGGAUAGAGUAAAAUCUGUCAACUUGGUUCCUCAUAAGAUGAUUCAUUCCUCUUCUGUGAGCUUCAAACUAAAAGCUAAACAGCAUAUGAGAAACUUCCCAGUAUUAGAUGGCAGCAUCCCUUCCCUAUAUCGACAUGCAUUUGAAGUAAAUGCAAAGAAUAGUGCGGUCUGCAUUCAGAGGUACUCAGAAUUGCUUCUGAAGAUCAGUAAAGGAGGAGGAAAAAAUGCAGUUUUACGUCACACUGAGAGGAACAAGAAGUUGCUUGUUCGUGAACGCAUAAAGAUGCUGCUUGAUGAUGAACCUUUCCUUGAGCUCUCCCCCUUUGCAGGCCUUGAUAUGCCUUAUGGUGAUGUUCCUGCUGCAGGAUGUCUCACUGGAAUUGGAAAAAUCUGUGGAGUCUGGUGUGUCUUUGUAGCUAAUGAUGCGACUGUAAAAGGUGGGACCAUUUAUCCUAUUUCAGUGAAGAAACAACUAAGAGCUCAAGAAAUAGCAAUUAAAAAUAGACUUCCAUCUAUUUACCUUGUGGACAGUGGGGGAGCAUUCUUGCCGCUUCAGGCAGAACUGUUUCCUGACCAAUUCCAUGGAGGCCGAAUUUUCUACAAUGAGGCUGUGAUGUCUUCUUUAAGAAUCCCUCAGGUGGCAGUUGUGUGUGGCUCUUGUACUGCAGGAGGUGCUUAUGUUCCUACAAUGGCAGAGGAAACGAUCAUAGUAGAUAAAAUUGGCACAAUGUUCCUUGCUGGACCACCUUUAGUUAAAGCUGCUACAGGAGAAGACAUUCACCCUGAUGAACUGGGUGGAGCCAAUCUGCACUCUAAGAUUAGUGGCUGUGUUGACCAUUUUGCAUCUUCAGAAAAAGAAGCAUAUGAAUGUGUUAGAAAUAUUAUUUCUACACUUAAUUAUGAAAUUCCACUAGAAGAGACUUCAGAGUUUGACAGUCCCUUGUAUAGUUCUGAUGAGCUUCUGGGACUUGCACCACAAGGUUAUAGCUACACUCUACAUAUAAAAUUGAUUCUGAGUCGUAUGAUAGAUGGAAGCAGAUUCCAAGAAUUCAAAGCUAAUUAUGGAACGACUUUAGUAACAGGAUUUGCCUACAUAGAAGGACAGCUAGUUGGAGUAGUGGCUAACAACGGUGAGCUGACUCAUGAUGCUUCUCUAAAGGGUUCUCACUUCGUACAGCUUUGUAGCCAGCGAAGGAUUCCAGUGCUGUUUCUUCUGAAUACAGCUCCAUGUGCAGCGGAGCCAACCAGUCUCACAGAAGCAGAAGAUCAUAGUAAGAGGUUAAAGGCACAAGCUUCUAUGAUGGCUGCAGUUGCUUGUGCUUCUGUUCCCAAGAUAACGCUUGUGAUUGGUGGUUGCUAUGGAAAUGAAAGUUAUGCUAUGUGUGGAAGAUCAUUUGAUCCAAACUUCUUGUUCCUCUGGCCUAAUACAAGAAUUGCCCUUGUGGAUUCAAGACAUUUUCCCACAGUUUCAUUCAUGCGGGAUAAUGACAGCACAGCAGCAGAAGCAGACUUAAUACUAUUGAAGGAAAAACUAGAGGAAGAAAGCAGUGCAUUUUACUCUUCUGCCAGGAUCUGGGAUGAUGGUGUAAUCUUACCUCAGAAUUCAAGGAAGGUUAUUGCACAAUGUUUAAGAAUUACGAAACAGCAAAAAUAUCAGAUAAAGUCCCAUCAACAAUCACCUCUUCCUGUCAUACGACUUUGCUGACUGUAAGAGCUAUAAGUUAAAGUAUGCUCAUAUUUUUUGCCCUGCUCCCAGUGCUGUUGGCCCUGCUUGCCACUAGAAUGCAGCCUACUCAAGAGCUGGUCUGAAACUGAAUUCAGUCCUCAAGCUGAAAGAGGCUCUACAUCCCAGCACCAAUAAUGAAAGCUGAAACCUCAGUAACCAAAGUAUGAGUUAUCAGGUAUCCUUUAUUCAAUAUUCAAUGUGGUUCACAAUUCUUGUCUUUUUUUCCAAAACACCUGUGCAAGCAGUCCAAAUGCAUAUUGGUUUUGGAACAGAAUAAUUGUUAAUGUGGGUUUGAGUUAUACAAGGAGAUAAGGAAUGUGGAGUUGGGGGAUGCAAGCCCUUGUGUUGGGCUUGACUGUGGACAGUGGAACAUAGUAAGUCAAAGUGGGAAAGGUUCUUACCUUCUGUAAUAAGUGACAUGACCCUCCUUAAAGUCAAACUUAUGAAGCAGUGCUUGGCCAUCAAACAAAUGAUAAAAUGGUUCAGAACCAACUUCAAAUAAUCCAGGGCCACAUCUGAGGAGACUGCCUCUGAGCCAGACUGGAAUCCUGCCUGUUUAGAAAAACAGCAAAUGUGGUUGUGAAAUUCUGAGGAAACAGAGCACCUAUUGGAGUUAAACUGUCUGAAAUCAGGUUCUGCUAAACUUUAGUGGCUAAGCUAUGAGGUAGGUGACCAACUGAGUGACAAAUGGUGAUGACGACGUGUGUGCCUUGGCUCAGUCUUCACUUAUUCUUUCCAUCUGAGUGUGGUGUAGUGGUUAAGAGUGUGGGGCUAGGACUCGGGAUUAGAGUUCUAGUCUCAUUGACCAUGAAGCUCUCCAGCUGACCUUGGGCCAGUCGCAGACACUCAGCCUGUGAUGAGGCUUCUUGUGAGAAUAAGAUGAAGAAGUGAACCUUGUAAGCUGCCUUGGAUUUCUUGCAAAAGGAGGAAAGGCAGCCCAGAAAUGUUACCUAAUAGCAGCAGCAAUUAGCAUCCCCAUCAUCACCAUGUUUGUGAGAGCCAAGCUCUUCAGGGCUGGUUUGACAAAGCCUCUUGUUAAGAAAUCCAUUUUGUGUUAAGGUUGAAUUGCUUGAAAGAAAGUUCCAUGACAUGAAACUAGGCCUGUACCCAUUGAUUAGACAACCUGUGAAUGUUGUUCUGUGUUGAUUUUGUCCACAGGCCUUCAAGGUAAGAGCUCAAUUCUUGCCAAAAUUAGAUUGAUCUUAGUUGCACUGAGAAUUUUGCAGCCCCUCUCCCCUCCUGAAAGCCAAAUAAGUGUUUCAUCCCAUUUGUGAGGCUUGUCUCUGAGGAAACUAUUUAGCUAGGCAAGGACUGACUCACUUCACAUUUGUCAAGGGCUGGGAUCAGGGAGAGUACAAAGAUUGAGGGGGGUGGGCUCCUGUUGCCAUUUGGUCUUUGAUUCUUCUAACCUUCAGUCUUCAUCUGUCCGUGCUAAGAGGCUUUUGGGUCUGUGGAUUGCAAAUUAGUGCCUAUCCUAUGAGAAGACCAUUACUAGUUAAAGUUUAGGAUUAGGUAAAGGUUAGGGUUAGGUAUUGCUUUGUUAUUUUUCCAUCUGGCAUUGUUCUGAAGAAUUUCUCUGGUCUCUCUGGUUUUUCUUUUAUGUUCUCUAACAUUUGUAGACCUUCUUACACACGUUCUCAUUUUUAAAUGUAAGUAAAAUGCACAUCAGUUUUAAGGUUUGUGUGUGUUUUAUUCCAUUUAAGCCUCAGUUUAAAUUUAGAACCUUCUUGUUUGGUGAUGCUAUUGUUAAGCUUUGGGCUUGAAAUGGAAGGUGUUGGCCCAAACUCUUUAUUUUUGUACCUCAGGUAUGUCCUGAAAAAUCUAACCCUGAACAAUGUGGAUGUAACAGGUGGCAGCAGCCUACCAGCAAUUACGUCUCUGUUGCUGCACUGUAGGGAAUUGGGAGCUGAGCAACUCCCUUCCCUUCUGAUUGUAUAUUCUAAGUAAACUACUUGUGUCCCCUAGAUCAGCGGCAGUUCAAUGCCCUUUGUGGAGCUCCUCAGCAUAUCUUCGACUUAGUCCGAUGUGACGGAGAGCUGCACUCUGGAAUCUGGCCAAGUCCCUGUCUUUGCAAUCCUUGCUUCAUAAAAGGACCAGGAAGAGUAGCUGCUAUUCCUGGUGGUUGGGUCUUUAAUUUUAUGAAGCACCCACCAUUUGCACUGGAGUGACACAUGCACACAAAAGGUUCCAACCAUUGUUCACAUCCCUAUUUUCUCUCAGAGAUAACUGCGAGUCUUUCCUACAGGGGUGGGAAUCUGCCAGAGGGAGGGGCUUGGCUUACAAGACCCUGACCCUAGGAGGAAUCACACGUCAGGAGGCUCCUCAGGCCUGAUAGACUUGAUUAGACACCCAGACAGGAGAUUCUGCAUCCAGUUUAGGACUGAGCCUGAAAUGUGAGAUUUACAUAACAGAGAACAAAUGUCCACAACAGUAAGUUUUUACUUAAUCCAGACAAGACAAAGGUGCUGUGUGUAGAGAAAUCAACUGUUCUGAAUUAGGGGUUGAAACCGAUCUUACAGGGGGAUGCACUCCCCCGAAGGACCAAAAGCACAGUUUAGGAGUUCUCCUGGAUUCUGCUCUGGAGAAGCUCAAGUAAUGAUGGGGUCCAGAAAUAUGGGUACAUUUUCUUGGCCAGAUGCAGCUUUUUCAGGAGAGGUCUGAAGUUGCCUUGGUUGACUGCUAUUGACAUCCAAGCUAAAGUACUUUAAUGGGGCUUACGUGAAGUUGCCUUGAAGGAAGUCUGGAAACUUCUUCCAGUUGUGCAGAAUGUGGCCAUAUGAGUAUUGAUAAAACAGACCUUGUAACUCCUAUACUGCAUGCAGGACAAGCACCAGACAACUAGGAUACUACAACAAAUAUCAGAGGAAAUAAAUGUUUUGUAAAUGUCUUGGGUGGCAUCUGGAAAAUAUAUUCAGAAAAGUGCUACUUUGUUACAGUAAUGAUUUUCUAUUGGCAUGUGAAAUGGCCUGCCAAAUUGACUUUAAUGGUAUUUAUUUAGCCCAACUGUGCACAAAAUUUCAGUAUCAGAUAACACCGAAUUUGUGGUUACAGCAGGGAAUAAAUGUAACAUUUUCUUUUCUUUUUUUUUUUAGAAAUCGCUUCAGUUUUCAGAUAUGGGAAUUUAAAUUUUGCUUCUAAUUAAAUAAUUCUACAAUUAA